AUGGAUAACAGCACGAUUAAGGCGAACAAGUCCGCUUUCUCCAUAGACAACAUUCUGGAGCAUAAAACACAAGCCACCCAAGGGAGCAUUAAAAAAGCAACAACACAGUCGAGUCCCGGCGCCGCAGCUGCUGCAACGGGAUUUGCGCCCACGGACCGGAGUCCAGCGUCCAACAUAUACGAUCUGUCCGCACAAUAUGCGCUCAAGAAUCUGGAGCACGGCACGGGGGGCACUUUGCUGACGCCCACAACGCUGCGCUUCAAUCCCGUCUACACAGAUCCCGCCUCGUUGUUCUAUCAGCAAAUGCUGAAUCUACAGAAGAACUCUUCGCUCUUCAUGCCACACUUUCAGGCCGCCGCGGUGGCAGCCGCUGCGGCAGCACAGCCAGCCGCCUAUUGUGAUCAGUACAGCCCGUUUCUCGAUUGUGAAGGUUUCAGCAAUCCCGCAUCCGCUGCCGCUGCCCUCUAUUGCAAUGCGGCCUAUCCGGGCGCCAGUUUCUACAUGUCCAACUUCGGGGUGAAGCGCAAAGGUGGCCAAAUCCGUUUCACGUCGCAGCAGACGAAAAAUCUCGAGAAUCGUUUCUCCAGCUCAAAGUAUUUGUCGCCCGAGGAGCGGCGCCAUUUGGCGCUCCAGCUGAAGCUGACGGAUCGCCAGGUGAAGACCUGGUUUCAGAAUCGGCGCGCCAAAUGGCGACGGGCCAAUCAGACCAAGCGCAGCGGCAGCGGCGGCUCAGCAGCCACGCCCACUUCGAACAGCAGCAGCAGCAGCGCACCGACGGGGACGGGCAGAGGGGCGCAGCAGCAGGCGCACAGCGAAGAUGAGGAUCGCAUGUACCUGUCGGCAGACGAGGACGACGAUGAUGACAAUGAUGAGGAAGAGGCGGAGGAGGAGGAGAAUGUGGCGCAGGAGGCAAAUACGUAG